CAAUUAUCCGAGCAUUUCAAAAUUCACAGUCGUCUGAUGUGGAGUCGCACAGCCUAUCGGUGGGCAACCUGGCGGGGGCAGAUCGCAUUGGGGAGAGUCAGAGACAUGCUGAUCGCAGGUCUGUCUUGUCUGAGCAAGUCGGCCUUUCUCCAGCUCCAGUUUCGUUUCCCCCGAUAUCGUCUCCCCUCUCUGCUGUCCUCCCCCUGUUCAACUUCAUCUCCAGCUCUCUCUGUCAAGGAGCCUCCCUCACACUCCUUUCUCUCCCUCUCUUUCCUUGUCACCAUCCCCUAAUAUCCAUAUCCAUCAUCAUCCCAUUCUCAAUAGAGCACUCCACCCCCAUCAUGCCGUCUACCUCCUUGUCUACUUCCAUCAAUGGCGCCCAGCCCGUCAAUGGCGGCGUGCACUCCGCCAACGACAACAUCCGUCGUUUCGACCCCCCCAGCCGUGUCGACACGCCCCUUACUCAUACCCUCUUCCACAACAAGACAAGAUGCUUCGUCUAUGGUAUGCAGCCUCGAGCUGUGCAGGGCAUGCUCGACUUCGAUUUCAUCUGCAAGCGCAGCACCCCUUCAGUUGCUGGUAUCAUCUACACUUUUGGUGGCCAGUUCGUGAGCAAGAUGUACUGGGGAACAAGCGAGACUCUCCUCCCCGUCUACCAGGACGUUGCCAAGGCCAUGGCCAAACACCCUGAUGUCGAUACCAUCGUCAACUUCGCUUCAUCUCGUUCCGUCUACAGCUCCACCAUGGAAUUGAUGCAGUACCCCCAGAUCAAGUCGAUCGCAAUCAUCGCAGAGGGUGUUCCCGAGAGGCGUGCCCGUGAGAUUCUGGUGACUGCCAAGGAGAAGGGUGUCACCAUCAUCGGACCUGCUACCGUCGGAGGUAUCAAGCCUGGUGCUUUCAAGAUCGGAAACACCGGUGGCAUGAUGGACAACAUCGUCGCCUCCAAGCUCUACCGUAGAGGAUCCGUUGGCUACGUCUCCAAGUCCGGCGGUAUGUCCAACGAACUGAACAACAUUGUCUCCCAAUGCACCGAUGGUGUCUACGAGGGUGUCGCCAUUGGUGGUGACCGUUACCCCGGAACCACCUUCAUCGACCAUUUGCUGCGCUACCAGGCCGAGCCUGACUGCAAGAUUCUUCUGCUCCUCGGUGAGGUCGGUGGUGUCGAAGAGUACCGUGUCAUUGAAGCCGUGAAGAACGGUACCAUCACCAAGCCUAUCGUCGCAUGGGCCAUUGGUACCUGCGCUGGCAUGUUCGCCACCGAGGUUCAGUUUGGACAUGCUGGUGCUUCGGCGAACUCCCAGCUGGAAACCGCUAUCAGCAAGAACAAGGCUAUGCGCGAGGCUGGUAUCUACGUCCCCGACACUUUCGAGGACCUUCCCCAGCUGCUCAAGCAGGUCUACCAGGACCUUGUCAGAAAGGGUACCAUCCAGCCUCAGCCCGAGCCCGUUCCUCCUAAGAUUCCCAUUGACUACUCCUGGGCUCAGGAGCUGGGUCUCAUUCGCAAGCCCGCUGCCUUCAUUUCCACCAUCACCGACGACCGUGGCCAGGAGCUGCUCUACGCCGGAAUGCCUAUUUCCGAUGUUUUCAAGGAAGACAUCGGCAUUGGCGGUGUCAUGUCUCUUCUGUGGUUCCGCCGCCGUCUCCCUGCUUACGCCAGCAAGUUCUUGGAGAUGGUUCUGAUGUUGACUGCUGAUCACGGUCCUGCCGUGUCCGGCGCCAUGAACACUAUCAUCACCACUCGUGCCGGUAAGGACUUGAUCAGCGCGCUGGUCUCCGGUCUGUUGACCAUUGGUUCCCGAUUUGGCGGUGCCCUUGAUGGUGCUGCGGAGGAAUUCACCAAGGCCUUCGACAAGGGCCUCAGCCCUCGUGACUUUGUGGACACAAUGAGAAAGGAGAACAAACUGAUCCCGGGUAUUGGACACAGAGUCAAGUCCCGCAACAACCCUGACCUCCGUGUCGAGCUGGUUAAAGAAUAUGCGAAGAAGCACUUCCCCAGCACCAAGCUGCUUGACUAUGCUAUCGCUGUUGAGACUGUGACCACUUCUAAGAAGGAUAACCUCAUCCUGAAUGUCGAUGGUUGCGUUGCCGUUUGCUUCAUUGAUCUCCUCCGCCACUGUGGUGCCUUCACUCCCGAGGAAGUUGAGGAUUACUUGAAGAUGGGUGUCCUGAACGGUCUGUUCGUGCUCGGCCGUAGCAUCGGUCUGAUUGCGCACUACCUCGACCAGAAGAGACUGCGCACUGGCCUGUACAGACAUCCUUGGGACGACAUUACAUACUUGCUUCCUACCCUUCAAAAGGGCGGCGCGGAAGGCCGUGUUGAGGUUAACAUCUAAUUGCGUGCUCUUUUCUGUUACGUCGGUAAACCCGAAUAGAUAUACGGGGCCCGGUGAUUUGAUCAUAAAGUGACGUUCUAUCUACUGACGUCGGAGUAAUGAUGGCUGCGUUUAUGCGUUACAUUGGAUUUCUUUUCUUUUCUUUUCUCUCUUCCUGUUGAACUUAUAAUCUGUAGUGUGCACAUGUGGCAUGACUAUUAUCUGAUGAAAUUCAAGGAAAAGCAA